CACACAUGUAUCUGGGAAAUCUUCCUUUCUUUCACUUCUAUAGAAAAACUAGAAAAGCUAUUGAAGUAAAAAAGCUUAUUUCAUAUCAAAGAAAGACUUGAUUUUUUUGAGCUUAUUGUUUCGUAUAGAAUGGCUGUUUAUUCAAGAAAUGUGUUCUCUCUUUCCAUAAUUGUGGUUCUGUUUUUCCUUAUUAUGUUGAGUUUUACAGAAGCAAGAGAGCAUUUGGUUGGUGGGAAAAAUGAUUCUUGGAAAAUUCCUUCUUCUGAAUCUGAUUCCCUCAAUCACUGGGCUGAAAAACGUCGAUUCCUCGUUGGAGAUUCACUUGUGUGGAAGUAUGAUGGAAAAACAGACUCAGUUUUGGAGGUGAGCAAGAGGGACUAUGUUACAUGCAACACAACAAGUCCAAUAAAAGUGCACAAUGAUGGCAACACAAAGAUAGUGUUGAAGCAUUCAGGGGCAUACUAUUUCAUAAGUGGAGCAAAAGGGCAUUGUGAACAAGGCCAGAAAUUGAUUGUGGUGACUUUAUCUGACAAAAACAUGAGAUUUAUGGGUGCACCGGCACCUUCUCCUGCAGAAAUUGAUGGUCCUGCUGUGGCUCCUACUAGUAAUGCUGCUACAUUGAAGGCUAGUUUGGUUGUGGCUUUUGGGGUAUUAAUUGGGUUUUGGCUGUGAAGUGAGAUAAGAUAGAUAGGUUGAGAUAGAAAUAUGGCAGGGCAUUCUUUGAUUCAAUUUGUUCUUUAUCACUCACUCCAUUCCAUCUAAUUAAAAAGCCUUAUUAUAUUGCUCUUUUC